CACACUGUAUCAUUAUGUUUACUUUCCUUAAAUUAACAGUAUUUGAAAUAAACAUGUAAAGCUGCAUUACGUUGAAUCAAGUAGUUUUUGGUCUUCAUUUAAUUGUAACAAAUAUUGAUAAAACUGAAAUAUAAUGAUAAUAGGUAAAAAAAGGAAUAAAUAAAUUGUUGUAAACGGCGAUAAUCUAAUCUUGGAUAAUUUCAUUUUUGUAGAGGUACAAAGAAGGAAUCAAAAUGCGUCUGCUUCUGAUACUUUUUGUGCUCUUAAUAAAGUCACAGCAAAGUGAAAAUAGAUACUGUCAAGAGGCCGUCGACAGCGUUAAAAUCGUAUCAUCUUGCCCAACAUCUAAAAAAGAAUGGGACAUAGCUGCUCAAAAGAAAAACUGUAUCAGAAUAGCAUUUUUGCAAAACUGUUCAAGUGUUGAACAGUUCGAGUACCACUGCGUAAUAAACGGAUAUAGAAAUGAAACAUUGGAAGUAUGCGCUCCUUCAAGAUUUAUAUUUGGACAUUGUGUAGAGUUUAAUGUUCCUGGGGGAGUAAUUCAAGAUCAGAUAUCAGCUGCCUGCAGCGAAACGUUUCCGAAAUGCGAUGCUUCUUAUCUCUCUUCGUCAGCAUAUAAAUAUCCUGACUGUUAUAAGCUUGUUUCGAUGUCCGAAACAAAAUUAACAAUUACAGCAACCAAUAGUGAUGAAUCGAAUACUCCGAUUUCAAUGACGGCUCUGUAUUCGAUUUCAGCGGUAAUGUUUUUUGGGAUAUUAAUUGUUGCGAUAUAUUUAGUAUUCUUUAAAAAGACCUUUAAGUGCUGCAAAAAGAAACUACCCAAAGGUAUCUGA